AUUAGUAUUUUGUAAUUGCUUGAAACACCAACUCUGUUGUUUUCCCAGAUUGUGAUUAUUUGGUAGAAUGAACAAGGAUUUUAAUGAUGGGGUAAUAUUUAGGAGGUUAUGUGUGCUCAUUCACUGAUGUAACUUUUAGUUUUUCAUUCCAAUAUUAAGCACAUUACAUAAUGAGUUUAUGUAUUUCUUCAGACUGUUUGCCUUUGCCCUGGUCACAUGAGGCUCAACCCCACGUGGCCUACUUUUUAGCUUUUAUAACUUUCUUGAUAAGGUUGUGGACUGUGGACUGCACUACAUGUGCAUUUCUGAUGUGGGUUUAUUUAGUCAGCAGCAGAGAGGGACCUAUUGGAGAAUCACAGCCAAUCAAUUCUGUUAACGAUCAGCCGCCCCCUCUACAUGAGGACAGCGGGUUGUGCGUUUUCUCCCAGUAUUGUGAUUGUGGUCUGACAGUGAGGGUGUAGCUGAAGGGGGUCUACAGAUUUGAACGCUUUCUGCCUUUAGAGGAUCUUAUUGAAGGGCAGUCAUGCACCUGAUAGGGUCCACUGUCUUCUUCUGUGUCCUGCUGCAGGCUAUGUCUGCUCCGACAGAGGACUGGCAGACGGCCACGUCUAUUUAUAACUUCUCAGCAACAGAUAUUGAUGGCAAUGUGGUUUCCUUGGAAAAAUACAGGGGGAAUGUUGUCAUCAUCACCAAUGUUGCCUCUAAGUGAGGCAAAACCCCAGUAAACUACUCUCAGCUUGCGGCAAUGCACGCUACGUACGCUGAGAGAGGUUUAAGUAUCCUUGCCUUCCCUUCUAACCAGUUUGGGAACCAGGAGCCCGGCAACGAAACUCAGAUUAAGGAUUUUGCCCAUUCCUACAACGCUCAGUUUGACAUGUUCAGUAAGAUUGAUGUGAACGGGGACACCGCUCAUCCUUUGUGGAAGUGGCUGAAACACCAGCCUAACGGGAAAGGCUUCAUGGGAAAUAGUAUCAAGUGGAAUUUCACCAAGUUUUUGAUCAACAGAGAAGGUCAGGUAGUGAAGAGAUAUGGACCCCUGGAUGAUCCCAGUGUGGUGGAGAAGGAUCUUCCCCGAUACUUGUAAAUACCUAAUGGAUGAUCGAUGCCUCACUGAUACUCUGCCCUUUUAGCACCUUUCUCUGCCUCUCCAAGCACCGGUGAAUAUAGUUUGGGUCCACCCCAGACCAGUGACGGUUUGUUCAUAAACCCGCAUGGCGGCCAGAGCAGACCUGAUGAAUAUGGCGUGCAAACCAUCUGGGAGGAUGACCGAGCUUGCAUUUUUUUGGUUCUCUGGAGAGAAGUGAUCCUGAAAUACAUUAUUAGCUAAUGGUGUUAGUAGAUUAAUGUGUGGCAUUGUUUUCAUAAUAAAAUGCACUAAGAUUUUGCUCUAAUGGUA